GUACAGCAUCGUAAUAUAGAUAGCAUGACCAGCCCUGACACCACAAACACAAGAUAAUGUAUUUCCCAUGACAAGGCACUAAUCUAUAUAACUUAUCUCUUUCAGGAGGUAAAUAUCCUGUAAGUUGAAGGACUCUGGUCGGACUUUAACAAAAGUCACAAAGAGGAACCUCUGCCAGAUUUUUCAUCAAUUGGGAACAGCCUAACUUUGAGAGAACAUGCUGGCUGGCUAUAGCGGGAAUUAAUCUUACUACAAAUUUUUACUUGGAUUCAUCUUGCAACCAAUGACUGCCCAGUCACUAAUUAGGAUUAAAUAUAUAUACCUGUAGCACUAAUGAUAUAUAUCCCUCAAUGAACUUUACAAGGUGAGGCAAUUUCUCAGAAUUCAACCCAUUUGUGCUGACAAGGUGAACUAGAAUUACUGGGUUUGUUCAAGAGUGAGCAUUCAUUAGUACCUGUCAAGAAAUAUUUACGGGCGGAGCACCUGGCAUCUUGUAGAGCUGAGCAGCCAAGGACUUGUAAACUUUGUUACACUGGAGAUUCAUAGGCAGAGAAAGGGAGAGAUUCUAAACAUUAUUUCAUAGUAGAUAAACCAGCUGUAAAGUAGAUAACAAACCUUGUCAUCUUUAAUUCUUACUGAUCUCAUCUUGUAUAUUAUCAACUCCAGUCAUCCAAAUAAGUGAAGUUUAAGGACCAGAAGAAUUGAUGUAUUUUGACAAGAUUACACUGGGUUUAACAGAUCUGCAAGAGGAAACUGCUUUUUCCAAGAAACUUUAAUGAUCCUAGCAGCAAUUAUAAUUCACAUCAGACCAGAUCCAUUUCUCAUCCAAGUCUCUGUGGAAAUGACAUCUUCUGCGCCUUCUCUCAGAGGAUUUACUGUCUAAUUCACAGCUUCCUUCAGGUAUCACAGGGUAUAAUCUAGUUGCAGUAUUACCCUCAGUACUGUUAUAUCAUCCAUAUCUAGUGCAAUAACACUGUUAUCAGUUUAGAAGUUUGGAACAGUGUUUCCAGUUUAAUAACAACAAGUUGCAUUGCAGAGAAGUGGCACUAAAAAGCAAAAACAACUGAGAUGACAACCCAAAUGAUGUAUGAUGAAAAUGACACAAUAAUCAGCAGCAACACAACAGUUGCAACAAACAGUGUGACAUACAGCGAGUAUAAAAAUUUCUACGAGAAUGCUAAAUUUGCGUCAACAGUUAUCUGUUUUCCCAUAGUAUGUGCAGUAGGGAUUGUUGGCAACAUUCUCAUUUUGUUUAUUUUGCCAAGAAGGUGCAUGAGAUCUUCUAACACCUGUUACCUUAUUGGCAUAGCAGCAGCAGACCUGGUUCUCUUGGUUGUUCAAGUACCGCAUCUUAUUGGAGGAAUAGCCUCUGUCAAGGAGGACAGAGGUUUCAUUACUUUUAACUCAUAUUAUCAGCUAGCAAGAUAUGGGAUCUCUAACAUGUGCAUCACAUGCACAGGCUGGUUGACCAUAGCUGUGGCGGUAGAAAGAUUCAUUGUCAUUAAACGGCCACUGAAUGUGGGGCAGAUCUGCACAGUACCAAGAGCACGGUGGAUAACAGCAGGGAUUUUUCUAGUUUCAAGUGCUCUGUACAUAACAAACUUUUUCGAAUUCACACCAAACUCAGCAGCACCGAAUGGGCCACUCAUGUUGAUGACCACCCUGGGCAAAGAUGAUACUUAUAAUCAAUAUAUAUUUUACAUGGAUACUCUGGUAGCUGCUUUUAUCCCUUUCAUUUUGCUCUUCAUCUUCAAUGCAUUACUCAUCUACCACCUGAUGAGGCACAGGCAUGUCCGCAGGUCUCUUUCCUGGCAGUACAAAGUUCAAAUGGCCAAACGCAAAAAAGAUAAAGACACCCAACAUGUUACUCUGGUUGUAAUAGCAAUCAUUGCCAUGUUUUUACUCUCUCGGUCACUGGCAAUUUACUUAAAUAUCUUAUGUCUUGUCUAUGGCAGAACGUAUGCUUUUGAUACUGGACCACAGCAUCAUUUAAACAUGGGCCUUAAAUACAUCAGUAAUUUGCUGGUUAAUACAAAUGCCAGUGUGAAUUUUAUGCUUUACAGCAUUAUAAGUAGUAAAUUUCAAAGAAUAUUUUUGGAAUCUUGUGCAUGUGAGAAAAAGAAAAGAGGUUAUACAUACACCUUUACUGAGAAUCCAAUUUCCUCAGUCUAAAACAGUUUUUAGUGCUGCAUAAGUGAUUUAUAGUAUCAAUUCACAAACCAUAACUUAAAUGUAAAUUAAGUCUUUUUCUGAAAGAAAGAAUAAACAACAAAACUAAUCUCUUGCUCUGAAUUAGCAAACUGAAAUUUGGCUCAGGAAAUUUCUUUCGCAUCAUCAAGUUUUAAAACUUUUCAACAACAAAUAGCAACAUUAGAUGAAAACUACAGAUGUAUUUGUUAUAAAGUCUUCUAAUCAUAAAAAACAGACAUUUUGAUAAUAUUUAAUGUAUUUUAAUAUUCACAAUACUUAAAACUCUGUGUAAGUUAAUAUAACUAGCUGAAACAGUUAAGCUUGUCAUUAGAUGUGGUUGUGUCUAGUUAUUCAUUAUAUUAAAAACCUCCAUGUUGUGAUGUCAAGGUUUUUCUAAAUAUCCACCUGGAAGAAGUCCUAGAAAUUUUAAACAAUUUCAAAUUCAAUAUGGCAACUUAUUCCAGAUGUUGUUGCAUAGAAAAAGUGCUUUCCUCAUUGUUUGUGCAUGACUUAUAAUCAUUUAUUAAGGUGCCUAUGAUCAGAUAUUUUUCAUCCAUAAUGUAAAAUUAAUUGCUCUGAUAUCUGUGUACUUAGAGAUAAUGGAGUCUGACUUAUCUCUGUGGAGUGAAGAUUAAAUAUAAAUCUUGGUAAUGACAUAACAAAUAUAUUAUGCCAUACAAAGACUGGUUGAAGAAUUUAAGCAACACGUUUACUUUAAUGGAGUAGCAUUCCGAUUCAGAUAAAUGUUCAAACUAUUAUAUUUUGUAUUAAAAGAGUGUAACAUUGUGAGAGUUGACAACAAAGGUAUUGACUAUAGUCAGUAUAAGAUAAAUAAUAAAUAAUGUUCUGGUGAAAAUGGACAUCAGUUAUGUGUUUUAAUAAAUUUUGUUAAAGAAUGACAAAUCACAGAAUAUAAAACUAGCACUGCAAAACUAUAUUUGAUGUUCACUAUAUUUUGUGUAACUUUAAUGUAUUUGCUUGAAGAACUGUUAUAAGGUAUCAAUAUAUUAUAUGUCACAGUAAAAAAAUGUUGUGGGAACUGUUCUUGUGUAUAUGCUAGACAAGUAUGAGAUGUAGAAUGUAAAAAAUAACUAAGUAAAUUCAUAGUUAUAUGAAGCUGCUACUUAUUCUUGUU